UCUUACUUGAUAGCUGUCAAAUAGUAUGUUUAUAAAAAUAUUUUUAUUUUUAUCAAGUAUGGUGAACUUCUCUUCAAACAACUGGAAUAUUGUUCUCUAUUGAUUUAAAAAUGGAUUUUCCGGCAACGCCUUCUAACGCUUCAGAUAGCAAUGAAUAUCCCACUACACCAUCUCAGUUUGAAUCUGCCCAAGAUAACACUAAACGCCGCAGCUCAUCGAGAUCCAUUAAACGAAGACGUUUUGAUGAUGAGCUUGUCGAAUAUAGUUUGGGAUUGCCUGGAGCGUCACUCGGUAAGGGUGAAAAGAGAAUGCGCACUCAAUCGUACACUAGCCAAUUACCUGAAAUCCCAAUAUCCAGCGCUCCUGCAACACCCGUAGCGCCUGUUCAAGAACGAAGGAAAGCUUCUAGUAAAAUUUCUGGUGGAGGAAGUAUGGGACGCAAGUCUCGUCGUAAGGGUCAAUUGAGUCAAUUAUCAACUAAAGACUUGGGACGAUGGAAACCAACAGAUGAUUUGGCUUUAAUAUUGGGAGUUCAACAGACAAAUGAUUUGCGGACAGUUCACCGUGGUGUCAAGUUCUCUUGUCGUUUUACUGUGGGUGAACUGCAGUCCCGUUGGUAUGCUCUCCUGUACAAUGCUGAGAUUUCAAGAGUGGCAUUUGCUGCAAUGAGGAACUUGCAUCCUGACUUGGUAGCUGCAGUGCAACAGCAAGCAUUGUAUUCUACGGCUGAAGAGGAAUUGCUUGGAACUCUUCCUAGUAACUCACAUCCAGCAGCUGAGAAAUUCCAAGAGCUGUUGGAACAGAACCCGCAUGUCUUCUAUCCAACAAGAACGGCUAAAAGUUUGAUGGAACAUUGGCAACUCUUAAAGCAAUACCAUUUGCUACCAGAUCAAACAGUGCAGCCUUUGCCUAAAAAUCCAGAAGCUAUAAUGACAUUCUCUGAUGCUGAGGAAACAAUGAAUGAUUCAGAAUUACCUGAUUAUAAAGAAGAUGGCAUUGAUGUUGAAAUGCAACUUGCUGACAGAAUCCAGAAGAAAGACAUAAGGUUGCUAGAAAAUUCCCUGACGCGGUGGCAAGUGCUCGUACAAUCAGUGGCCGGCGGUAACGUGGAGCUGGACAAGAACACGCUGGCCGUGCUCCGCGGUCGACUCGUCAGAUAUCUGAUGCGGUCCAGGGAGAUAGCUGUGGGUCGAAGUACAAGGGAUCAUACGAUCGACGUGGAUUUGAGUUUGGAAGGACCCGCCGCCAAAGUCUCUAGGAAACAAGCCACCAUUAGACUGAGGAAUAGCGGCGAGUUUUUCAUGUCCUCUGAAGGGAAGAGGCCUAUAUUUGUUGAUGGCCGACCGGUCCUUCAAGGGAAUAAAGUGAAACUUAAUCACAACAGUGUUAUUGAGAUAGCCGGCCUUCGCUUCGUGUUCCUCAUCAACCAAGACCUCAUCAGCGCCAUUAGACAGGAAGCAGUCAAAGUCAAUAUACCCGUUUAAAAAUAAAUGAACGUAAAAUAAAUUAAAAA